UUGGCUUGGCUUUGCUACCCACAGUCCCAAACACAUCACCUCCCAUCCCCAAACAGAGCCACCGAGGUAGAGGGAAGAUUCUUCCAAGAUUCUAGCCCGUCUCGAGAGCCUUCUCUCCCAAUGGCCGAGCACGGUGCCCUCCUCCUGCUACUGAUGGCGCUUGCCGUGACCAUGGCCCCGCCGUCAGCGGCGUUCCUGGUCCAGCCCCAGCCGAACCUCCUCACGUACCACAACGGCGCCGUGCUGAGCGGCGACAUCCCCGUCUCCAUCCUCUGGUACGGCCGCUUCACGCCGGCGCAGAAGGCCGUCGUCUCCGACUUCCUCCUCUCCCUCUCCGCCCCGCCGCGGGGGGCGCCGUCGUCGUCCCCCUCCCCGUCCGUCGCACAGUGGUGGAGCAGCAUCAACCGGCUCUACCUAUCCAAGGCGGCGGCCGUCAGCAAGAACGGCGCGAACGGCGCCGGCGCCAGGAACGCGCGGGUGGUCCUGGCCGGGCAGGUCUCGGACGAGGCGUGCUCGCUGGGGAAGAACCUGAAGAUGUCCCAGCUCCCGGCGCUCGCGGCCGCGGCGCGCCCCGCGAAGGCCGGCGGCAUCGCGCUGGUGCUCACGGCGCAGGACGUGGCGGUGGAGGGCUUCUGCGCGAGCCGGUGCGGGCACCACGGGUCGUACGGCGGCGGCGCGGGGUCGUCGUCCCGCGCGGCGUACGCGUGGGUGGGCAACCCGGCCGCGCAGUGCCCGGGGCAGUGCGCGUGGCCGUUCCACCAGCCGGCGUACGGGCCGCAGGCGCCGCCGCUGGUGCCGCCGAGCGGGGACGCCGGCAUGGACGGCGCGGUGAUCAGCGUGGCCAGCAUGGUGGCCGGCGCGGUGACCAACCCGUUCGGGGACGGGUUCUACCAGGGCGACCGCGCCGCGCCGCUGGAGGCCGCCACGGCGUGCGCGGGCGUCUACGCUAGCGGCGCCUACCCCGGGUACGCCGGGCGGCUGCUGGUGGACGCGGCGACGGGCGCCAGCUACAACGCGCACGGCGCGCGCGGGAGGAAGUACCUGCUGCCGGCGCUGUUCGACCCCGACACGUCGGCGUGCUCCACGCUGGUGUAGCCCCCCGUGGAUCCGAUCGUGCCGAGGUGACGGAUCCAGAAAAGGAUGUUUUUUUAAUUGUUGCUAUGUGUAAAUACUGUAUAGUACAGUGAGUAUCAUCGUACGUAGCGUGCCGGGCAGUGCUAAAUAAAAGGACCUGUAAAGUUGUAGCAUCGUGUACAGCAGCGUUUGCAUGUAUGGUUGAGUGGUUCGUCCUU